AUGCGUGAGGUGAGUGUGCGACAAGUAUGAGUUCGGUCUACAUCCGUACUACAUACUGCACAUGCGCUACACACUACACUUGCUACCACCAGGACUUCCCACGUAGACAUAGCAGCCGAAGAAUAAAUUGACCAGAUAUGGUCUUGGAGGUCUUUUUUGAAUUUACGGAGAUAUAGUUUGGGAUAGUUGCAUCGAUCCGAUCGGGUGAAUUGAGGUCUACUGUGAUAAGAAUGCUUUUGUUUUUGUUUAGGCUCGUGAUGGAAACUACGACGUGACGAUGGAAUGCAUCGUCAAUGGCUACCCAGACCCAGACCUUUACUGGUUCAAGGGUGUGUAUGAUCCGCAGGAGAAUAAUGUACCCCUUUAUGACAGCGAUCGGUAUGAAUUGGAGAAGACAAGGAGUUAUGGCGCGGUGGGCACAAACGUAAGUGUUUGUUGUUUUUGUCGAUAGGUAUCCUCAUUUUUGUAUUAAGGCGACAGUUUUGACCCCAGUGAAUUGAUUUUACAAGUUCGAUAAUUCCUCGGCCUUUUGCUGAGAAUUAAAGCUGCACGAAGGCCGAAAAGAUUAAUCCUGAUUUGCCUGCAUAUUCGAGAAACGUUUUACAGUUUAUUUUACAUUUGCAUGACGAUGUCCACCACGUGCUCCACAGCAGGUUGAGAGCAGGGAGGAUGACUUGCACGCAAAUUCAUUUAGUAGAUUUGCGCUGCUUCUACAGAAGAUGGGCUAACUCAUAAAAUGUCAACCGAAAUUCCGAAAUGCGUUUUUGUUUCGAAAAGAUUAAUUAAGUAGGUUUGUGAAAGUAGUCAGCCUGCAACAUAAUUCUAUAAUAUUUCAGUUAUCUCAGGAUGCCGGCUUUCGAAAGAACUUCCUUCCGGCUGCAUAGAAAAACUACAUUCUGAAAAAAUGACUACUUAAGUGGCAUGAUUUUUCUCAUUGAUUUUCGAUUUCCCUAAAUGCCCAAUUAUAUUUCAUGAAAAACAUUCGGUAGAAAAUGACGUCCUUUUCCAAUUUUAUACUCGAAGGGAGGGUAUAAUUCGGUUUUCAAACACGUUUCCAAUUUCAUAAUAAUUUUACACCCGCCCUACCGUCAAACUUGCAUUCAGGGUUUCCAACCUACAAACCGUAUAUUUUCCGCGUGCGGAAAACCAUAUAUUUCUCUAUAGUAUUAAGAGAAGACGAUAUGAAUUUAAUAAAGUUUGACAGUUGAGUUGAGCCAUAUUGUUAACUUUGCAAGCCGCAUUGGUAAAUGCAGGGUCAUAACGUUUUAUGAACGGCCAUUUCACGAUAUAAAAAAUUUCACAAUUAGAAACUAUUUUGAUGCCGUAUUAUACCCUUUCUUCGAGUAUAAAAUUGGGAGAAGACGUGAUUCUGUACUGAAUAAGCAAAAGACUGAAUAUUUUGUGCAUGCUUUGCAAGAAGUAUAAUUGAAUAUUUAAGGGAAUCGAAAAUCAAUGAGAAAAAUUCAUGCUACUUACGUAGCCAUUUUUUACAGAGUGUAGUUUCUGCAUGCAGUCAGAAAGAAGUUCAUUCGAAAGCCGGCAUCCUGAGGUAACUGACGGAUUAUAGAACCACGUUACAGGCUGACUAGUUUUACAACCCUACUUAAUUAAUUUUUUCCAAACGAAAACGAAUUUCAAAAUUUCGGUUGCCAUUUCAUGAGUUAAACCACAUACUGUAGCUCAACCUCUCCUCCUUUCGUACCUAGACCCGGUGUCAAGACAGAGUCAAGAAGAUCAACGGUGGGAGACGGCGCAGGCGACUGGUACGGCGAAAACCCGCACCUAGGCGUGCUACCACACUCCCUAGUGCGUGACGUACACUGACCAGGAAUUUACACAUCAAAAAGCAAAAACGGGGAGGGAGGGUACGCUUCGGCGUGGCGUGCGCCUAGACUUGUGGCUAACCCCCACACGUCCAAUUUUCGUAUUUGUUAUGGGUGCGCAUUCCCAGUGAUGCCUGUCACAUCCCGAUCUAAACCACGUGUUGGUCUAGCGCAUCUACCGCGUGGUGCGUCUGAGAGGCACACGUAUACUAAUAGUCGUUUUGCGAGGCUCUAGGAAGAACGGUUCAAGUAGACCACGUAACGCGAUUGAUGAUUGUACCCUACCAUACUUAUUAUAUCCAGUCGCAAUCGACAGGGCAACGAGCGCCUGGCUCAUUGGUUAGAGCGUUGGAUUUCUGACCAACAGAAUGCGGAUUCGGGGCUCAAGGCUGACUGAUGACGGUUAAUUAGCCAAAAAUAUCCAUUGCAGUCCCUCUUCUUCUUCUUCUUGUCAGUUGUCCUCUUCUGCAGAAUGUUGCUUGUUGCUUUCAACCAAGAGGGGACCGACACAGCCCAUGCGUUGGACGUCUGUGCGAGCGCUGGGCUGCCUCCGCGCGCGUGUUUAGCACGCGUAGAUGGGGCCACAGGCCAAGCCGCUACUAGUUGGCGGACCUGCCUAGAUAGUUUGCUGAUGCAUAUGAGCAGAAACAGCAGGUAUUGUUUUUGGGACAAAUCCGGACAUUAUAGGAGAGCAAUAAGAUGCAAAGGUCAACGAAAAGUCAAGUCGACGAUUGAGCAGCAAAAUGAGCGACUUAACGUCGAAUACAGGACAAUAUUCUCUUUUGUUCUACUUAACGGUAUUGCGUUGUAAACAGUCCGGGAAAAAUUAGACAGCAGUUACCAGGUACCAGAAAACGUUACUUACAAUAGCUGACCUAUCUCAUGAAACGUUGGUCAAAAUUCUGAAAUGUGUUUUUGAUUAGAAAGGAAUACUUUGGGUAGUUCGCCGUACUGACUGCCAAGCAGCAAAAUAUAGAGAUAUUUCAGCCACCCUAGGGUGACGGCCUUUUAAUGAGCCUCUUUCCGGCCGUCUGAAAAAACUACACUCGGCAAAAAAUGGUUACUAAUGUAGAACGAGUUUUUCCAGUUGAUUUUCGAUGACUUUAUAACUGUAAACAUAUUUUAUUAGAAGCAUGUACAAACACAUUGUUUAUUGUACUCUUUUGUCAGCAAAUAACGCCCUCUUCAUAUUUUCUACUUGAAACAGGAAUACGUUCGAAUGCAAAAAUUGCGUGAUUUUGAAUUCUUUAAGACUGUGAUAUGUCAAUUCAAAUAGUAUCCAAUCCUUCUGUGGAGUGACGCUGUUUCCGCACUUUGCCACAUGGUCUACGUCUACUACAAAAUUUGAGGAGCCCUAUGUAAUGUCUUAAAAGCAUUUGGAAAUGCGUGAUGUUUCUUACAUAUAAAGUAUGUAGCAUGUAGAUUUGAAACCUUAAAAACAGGACUAAACCUAUACAAGGGGUUGAAAAUAUUUUUUUACUAAAUAUACUCUCCCUAAGAGUAUGACGUUUUAAAAAGGUGUAAUUUUCAUUAAAUGGCUACAAUAAAGAAAGGUUUUUGCAUUUUUACUAUAAAAUACCUCUAAGUUAAAGUGGAUAUCGAGAAUAAAUGGCAGAAUUCAUACUACUUAAGCAAUUUUUAUGCACUGAGUUUGGCUUUAGCAGACGGCCGAAAAAACUCAUUAAAAAGCCAACAUUCCGUUGCGAUUGAAAUUACUGGGCAAUUACACUGCACGGGAAUCAGCAUCACGACCCCACCUAAUUACUCCAAAGUCCGUUUCUGAAUUUCGAUUAACAAUUAAUCAGACAGGCCAGUUAUUGUAAAUCGUAAGAUCUUUAGAUGAUACAACGGGAGUAGAGAGAGGACAUGGCCGGCUAGCGUCCUUUGCUAUCGUGGCAAACCAAAGUGCCUACUAAAAACACGACUUCUUGAGGUCCUCUUUCACUAGAAGACGUUAGGGAAAUUAGUUUUCCCGUCUGAGAGAUGGGCGUAGGCAGAGUGGUCCUCGGUAGCUAGUGCUUGUCACUUUAUUGUUCCUAGCUUCUGGGCUGGUUGGGAUCAAUAUAUCCAUGGAGGCCGCACGAAAAAUCGCGCCCCACUGUCUUUGCAGUCAGGCAGCAAAUACGUGAAUUCUCUCCUGGCCGUCGACAUCCAAUACGCUGAGUGCAGAAGAAACGAAGGAACCCAUUUGUAGCAGCGACAAAUAGAAAUUGCCGGAGAUUUGGGGAAUAGGUGAUUAAAUAAAAAGAAGUACAGUAGGUCGGCUAACUCAUGAAAUGUUAACCGAAAUUCCGAAAUGCGUUUUCUUUUCAAAAAGAUUAAUUAAGUAGGGUUGUAAAACUAGUCAGCCUGCAACAUAAUUCUAUAAUAUUUCAGUUGCCUCAAGAUGCCGGAUUUCGAACAAACUUAUUUCCGGCUACAUACAAGAACAAUAUUCUGCAAAAAUGACUACUUUAGCAGCAUGCAAUGUUCUCAUUGAUUUUGGCGCCCUUGAAAAUGCCAUUAUAUUUCAUGGAAAACAUGCAUAAAAAUAUUAAUUCUCUUGCUUAUUCGCUAAAAAACUUCUUCUAAUUUUGCACCCAAAGGAGGAACAUAAAUCGGUUAUAAAAGUUUCUAGUUGUGGAACUUUUUAAUACCGUGAAAUGGUCGUUCACAAAUCGUUAUAUCUCUGCAUUUGCCAAUGCAGCUUGUAAAGUUAACAAUAUGAAUUAAAUACACUGUUUAAUUUUAUGAACCCUAUAUGGUCCGUGCGCGGAAAAUGAACGGCUUAUAGUUUGGAAACCCCGAAUACAAGUGCAACGGUAGAGCGGGUUCAAAACUAUUCGGGAAUUAUGAAGGUCUUUGAAAACCGAAUUUUACCUUUUCUUUAAGCAAAAAAUUAAAGGAAGAGGUAAUUCUUCACCUAAUGAGAAAAAAUAAAUAUUUUUGUGCAUGUUUUCCAUGAAAUAUAAUCGGACUUUUAGGGGCAUCGAAAAUCAAAGAGAAAAACGCAUGCUACAUAUGUAGUCAUAUUUUACAGAGUAUAGUUUUUGCAUGCAGCCGGAAGGAAGUUCAGUCGAAAGCCGGCAUCCUGUGGUAACUGACAUAUUAUAGAAUUAUGUUGCAGACUGACUAGUUUUACAACCCUACUUAAUUAAUCUUUUCGAAACGAAAACGCAUUUCGGAAUUUCGGUUGAUAUUUCAUGAGUUAACCCACCCACAGUAAUUUACCAUGUUGUUUCGUGUAGAGUUGACUGAACUGAACUCCUAGCUUCCCUAAGACAACAGCAGGUUCACCAAGCGACUCAGGAAGAGGACAUAUCCGAUUGAUUUCCAUAGCUGUCGGGCUAGGCCGCGGUAGGUUAAAGGUUGGGCGUGUCAUCAAGUCAUCUGUAUCACAAAAAUAACGCAUUCUCUUAAAAAACCUGCCCGGCAGGAAAUGACGGCAGCCAAACCAUAGAAAGAACGUUUUUCAUUUGCGAACUAGCUCAGAGUUCAGACUUUUUUUUCGAUAAGGCCAAUAUUCUUCUGCAGUCUGUGAAAUUUAUCUCGCAAUCGCGGCGGAUUAACGGAAUGAGCGGCAGUGAGCUUGUUUGGCGCGUUCGGAGCUAAUACAACAGAUGUGCUAACUCAUGAAAUGUCGGCUUAAAUUCUGAAAUGCGUUUCGGACCCGAAAGGAUUACUUAGAAAGGGUUGUAAUAUUAAUCACCUUGUAGUUUAAUCCCAUGAUAAUUUAGCCACUUCUGGAUGCAGGGCUGUGAACUAACGUCUUUGCGACCGCGUGCAAAAACUACACUGUAUAAGAACGACUGCUUAAGUAGUAUGUUUUUUCUCAUUUAUUUUCGUUGCUCUCAUAAAUAUAAUCAUAUUUCAUAGACAAAGUGCAUGAAAAUAAUAAUUCUUUCACUCAUUUCGUAGAAAAUUACGUUUUUCGCAAAGUUUAUACUUGAAGGAAGGGUAUAAUUUGCUUUAAAAAACCUUUCUUAUUCCCGAUUUAUUGUGAACCCGACCUGCCGUUACACUUGCAUUCAGGCUUUCCAAGCUACAAGCUGUACAUUUUCUGUAUACGGAAAAUCAUUCAUUUCUAUACGGUAUUAAGAGAAGACUAUAUGGGAUUCAUGAAAUUUAGCAGUGGAUUUGGACCAUAUUGUAAACUUCACAAGCAACAUAUAUGCAGUGACACGAUGUUUUAUGAACGGGCAUUUCACGGUAUUAAUAAUCCUAUAACUAGGAACUUUUUAAAACCGGAUCAUACCCUUCCUUUAAGCAUAAAAUUUGGGGACGAAGUAAUUUCCUAUUAAAUGAGUGAAAGAAUAAACAUCUUUUGUGUUUUCUAAGAACUACUUUUAAAUGUAUAAGGGCAUCGACAAUCAGUAAGAAAAAUUCAUACUAAUUAAGUAGUUGUUUUUAAAGUCUGUUGUUUUUGCAGACGGCUUGAACGACGCUUAUUCAAAAGCUGACAUCCCGAAGUGACUGAAUUAACAUGGGAUCAUACUACACGAUGGUUAAUAUUACAGCCCUAUUGGCGAGACAAUUCUGAGUAGCCUGGGAUUAUGAGUCAACAUUGUUGACGUACUUGCUUCCUAUCAGUAGACGUGCUUUUAUUAAGUUACAUAUUUCAGGCGUGUCGGCCGCGCGGGUGUAAUGUAUUCGACCUCGCUUUGGGAUACCUUGUCUGCUGCUGUGUUGCCAUUGCCAUUCCUCCCGCAUAUACUUACAGCUGCCAAUUGAACGAAGGAAGGGCGGUUAUGCUGUAAAUUCCUUCAUGUUAUUGCUCACGUUCACAUUCCCGCUCAUCGGCCACUUAGCGCGCAUGCUACAUUACUACGACUGGGUACUCCAGCUACGUUUGCUUGAUUUGGCGUAGAGGCUCUGUCAGGAUUAAUUUCUCCUUCACCUUAACCUCCCCGAGAGCGAGGCGCUGCAAGACUGUCUAUAUGGGCUCAUUGCGUUGCACCCCCCACACGGAAAUCUUUAGUAAAAGGCGAAAGACUUAACCUUUGCGAAUUGCGAUUCAACACGUUUUCCAUUGUCCUUCUAAUUGCGAGCUGCUUCAGUCGUGUUAACAGAUCGCUACUCUUCACCCCCCCCUUUUAAGAAACAGCCCCGUUGUAUUCGAUUGCGGGGGGGGGGGCUCCCAUACCGCGUUCCAUGCGGCUACCGCGUGAGUUGGCUAGGCGCGUAGGCGUUGGGUGCACUUAAUCGGUGCAGGUCUGCCCCGCCAGUGCACCUGCCCUUUCUACAUACUUCAGGGGCUGCACUAGCCCUUCAUGGCUUAGCCGUACAGGCGUUAAACCCGGUUGCUGGCUUCCUGUGCGGUCUCCUAAGGCCGCUUGCCGUUUGCUUUCUUUGCCUGCCGUACGGCUCACUUCCCCUCCCUACACCCAACCGCAGCCCGCUUGGAACAGCUACCCAACCAUAGGGGUUUGGCCUUGCCUUGCACUUUCACGGGCUUAGGUAUCCACCCGGCCCUCGGGGUUUCUUUGUGGUCUCUUUCGCUCGCUUUCCCCUUGCGCUUCGGUCGAUUACGUACGCCCGUGUGGUUGGGCGGUUUGGUCGCCUUGCGGUGACCAGUAGGUUUGGCUUUCCUGUUAUACGUACAUCAUUCAUCGGUUUGACGGUCAGCGUACUUACGAAGUUGCCUUCCGAUUGGUCAUGAUCGGCAGUUAGGGUGUUCAUAGGUUUUUCAUCAAUCCCUUCAAAUACUACGAUUUCAAUCCCCGUUGGCGCAUUUUCUGCUGGGGUUAUGGGACAAAAGGGAAAACAAGGUUGAGAGGUAUAGUAAGGAAUUCACUAUUUCAGUGCGGAAUAUGAAAGAAUUACAAACUGUUUCCGUUGUACCAGUUUUCAGUGGCCAAAAUGUCCAUUGCCUGGCCGUUCAGUUGUUCUCCCCGGCUGUUAUUCCACUGGCUGCUUUUAUUGCACUAUGUGUACAACAUCAUUAACAUCUCACUGCUUACCUUUCCGGUCAGCUGCUACAUAUCUCGGUUUCCGAGUGCUCUUCUGAGACUGGAUAGGCCUCAGCCACAUGGGACCUUCGAUAAAGUCAGGCGACUAUCCUUAAACACCGAACCAGUUCUCAGUGCCCUUUUGGUACCACAUUUGUUACACCUAGGCAAUGCAUUAUAUUAAUAUUUUCGUGUACCUGACGGCAAACCCGUCUGUGUGCUGACGCAAUAUUCGCAACGGCAUCGGUUUACGACAGCGACAUCUGGCUUCUGUCGCCAUGACUCGUUUAGCUUGUAACUAUUGCACUAAAUAUGGGGACUGGAUAAUAUCCAGAAUCUGUUCAAUCUCCGAUGGCAUUAUUAGCUUGCGGAGCGGCCUUACGUUUCUCCUUUGCUGUCACCCUUCUAUAAGUGGGAAACGUUUGGUAAUUAUUGAACAAAUUAAUAAAUACGGCUUCCGUCCUCCGUAUUUUGCAUUCAUACUUACCGUUCUUCGGGUUCAUUUUCCACCGCCCUACUUGUCGUUGGCAUUUGACCAGGAUUCAUCCUCAGUGGCAGUAUUGUAUGGGGCACCUUCAGCCGAAUGGCCUUGGCCUUGGGUAUAUUGCUCCCAUUGGUUACGGCUUAGGUUUUGAAUUUUCGGCACAUUUUCACCUCAAACAAACUUUAUUAUUUUCUUUCUAAACCUCUUUUUUUACUUUUUUUUCUAACUCCUUGAUGGGUUCCCCGUUUACCCCACCCUAAAAACCCCCCUUCCCACCGAUCCCGUAAGACAGGAACCCCUCCUUCGCCUUGCACAGUCCAGGCUACACACAAUUGUCCUACCGCCCUAUUUAAGUAACCUUUUCGAGUCGAGAAAGUAUUCAGUGUUUUUGUGAACAUUUGGCGAGUUAGCAUAUCUGCUGUAGGCUGUUCAAGCCAAGGCAAAACACGGGAUAAGAACUCCCGUAUUACAGGUGGUCUCGCGUUAAAUGCCAUGGAGAUUAGGCUUGAGGUCCGAAUACAGAACUAGAUACCCUUCCAGAAAUUUAGCACAAGGUCACUUGUAUUACAGGGCGUCCAUAUUUUCUUGUCUUACCGGGAACAUGACUUUCCAUUCCCUUCGAUCUCCCUGAUGCGCGAGGCAAGAGGCCUGCUCUCAAAAUGUGGAGUAUAAAAUGUAUUUGCGAUUAUUUGAUUGGUUGUGAGCUGCGCUCAAAUCAGUCUAUUUAUCUUUCCUCUUAAAAUUCCCGAAAGCCGUAUCCCAACCAUGUCUUGCGUCUGACUGUUCCAUAGAUGGAAACGUCACGUUAUUGAAAAAAACCUUAUUGGUCCGGAAUAGCAGUUUAUAUGUGUGUAAGGACAUUAAUAGUAAUGCUGUUGGGACCCUAAUUCGCAUAUAAUCGCAUUUCGGUCAUUUGUAAAAUAGAAGAAGGCCUAAGACCUUCAAAGUUGGACACAUGACCUCAAAAAUAGUUAUCGAGAGUUUACUCAAAUCUGGAAUGUAUACUAGUGUUAGGUGAGGAUGCUCUACCACUUUCACCUUACGAGUCUUCGGGUACUCCGAAUAUGAGGGACAGCAACGAAUCUCGGAUAACCAGGCCCAGGAAGGGACCGGUAUACUUGACACCUUGACAAUGCAAAUUCGAUGAAGCGCCCGCUAGUUAAGAAUGUUAGACCUUAGCCUAUGGAAAAGUCCUCUAGUUGGUACCACGCCCGUCCAAUGGCAGUUAGAGUUUUGAAAAUUAAGCACAACUCGAGGGAAUUUCUAGGACAAGAUCGUCAAGUGUUGAAAUCUUCGGUGAAACCGGGUCCCCAGACCUAGGAUGCAGGAGGUCAGCGUGAAUCAAGAAGGCAGAGGCGGGAAACUGAGAGCAGGUCUCAGUAUUCAACGGCUUCCAAUGUGUCUACAUUGCUAAUGGGCAUUCAAAACGCACAGUGGUCCUUGUGGACACUUCGUGGGGCAGAAAAACAGGACAACAACAACAACAACAACUACUACUACCAGAAAUGCAGCAACUCAAACCUAACCCUAGGGAAACUUCAUAACCUGUCCUAAACUUGGUUUUUGAGGGUCUUUUUCACCGAAAUACAUACAUACGCACAUAUAGACGCCUAGUUGGAAGUCGUUGUUUUGUCUCAGCUCCGGCUGAUUUGAAGCUAUCAAAUGAGUUCAGUGUGGAAAAAUAAGAUAGGCGACCGAAUUCUUAAAAAGCAGGGGUUUUUACUCAUUGCAAGAACCCACAGUUCAUGGUCCACAGGUUGCAAUUUCUCACUCGGUGCUCUGUGAUGCAAUCAGUGAACUCGACGCCAUUCUCAGAAAUUCCAGAUUUUGACUGCACUGACGGGGAUUUCAAAUUAGUCGAGAAUGACAGAACGACCGAAGCUGGAGAUGUGAUUUGCUAAUGCGAUUCCUAUCAGCCGGAACGUCUCCUGCCCCUAGGCUUGUCAGGUCCUACGUUGCUACUUACACGCAGACCAGCGUGGGUUGGUCCUGGUCAGUUUAAUGGGGACCAGUCCGAGGUCGACUACGGAUAACCUAACAACCGAUUCAUCCGGAGACGAUGCAAAUGGUUAGUCCGGACGAUCGGAUAGCCCAGGGCCUGAACUAACAGUUUUCGAUAGCGCAUUUGAGAUGCUACUACCGAUAUCGCAGAAUUUCGGUGUUAAUAUCGUCUGAAACGUUGAAGGUAAAAAACAGGACCAAUCAGGACAACACCAUUUAGCACAGGAAGACAUUUAGCUGACAAAUGUUUUCCAGAAAAGACUAACAACGAAAAUCGGCCCAAAAGAUUUGCCAGUAGCAAUUAUUUCAUUUUUCUUCUGAAAAAUUAACCUAACUGAACAAAAUGCUCUCAACACUUCGUAUAAGCUAACCAAGUGUUUAAAAAUGUUCUGUUUUAAAAAAAGGACACCAAAACUGCACGGUAUCGUUUUGCAUGUGCAUGCCGCUCAGUCCAUGCUGCUUGUUCUAAAACAAAACCCCAAUUUAUAUCAAAGCAUGAUAUCAUCAGUGCAGGCAAUAAACCCAUUCACAAGAACUCUAAUUACUCAUCCCAAAGAAUCUGAUAAGACGUGCGCUAUUUGCGCACGACUAGAGGGCAUAACAAGCCUCUACGUAAACACGGGGAAAAAUCAUAUCAGAUGUUUCCGAAGCAUAUCUUUUCAACUGGUCAACUGCUAUCAAUUAAGUUUUAUCAGGCAGAUGAAACAGGCACACAUCUUAAACAAAUGGCCCGACUUUCAACGUCAGCUGCACGAAGGCUGACAGCCGAAUCGCGCAUGAGUUGCGUUUGUUCGAGCGAAUCCUGUAUGGAGAUGAAUACCUUUUUUGCCCCGUUAACGAGAAUUGGGUUCUGUUCAACUGAAUCGGUGCCUUCCCUUUUUUUCUCUCUGUGCUUCGUAGGUGACGGAUAUAAUAUCUCUGUUGGUUGUUAAAAACAUACGUCAGGGCGACUACGGAAACUACACCUGCAUGGCGGAGAACAGAUAUGGCAUGGAUAUGGCCAUCACGUACAUAUUCUGUGAGUCAGUAAUUUGAAACCGUAUCAGCAAGACUCAAGUACACAACCAUUCUGCCAAGAUGAUUGGGUGGAGUCAUUUAGCCUAGAGCAGAUUUGCAUUUAAACAGAGAUCGAAUAAGAAAAUUGGUGACGUUCACAUUUCACUUGCUAAGAAGAAUUUUCUCCGAGACAUUAAAGCUUAUUAAAAUGACCUCAAGUAGGAGAAGGAAAUCCCUUUGAGAAGACACAAUUAAACGGAAAAUUUGGGAAUGAAAUUUGCUGUUGCUAUAAUAAAGUCACCCCAUGGUGUUGUGGACAACAUGAAACAACCUUUUAAAAUAGAACAUAACUUAGAUAACUUUUUUAAACCUGUUUUGCAGCGCCAGGUAGUUUAACCAAUUUAGCAGUUAACAAAAAGAGAACGAAGUCGCAUAAUGAUAUUAGCGCCUCAGCUUAUACAUAAGAUAUAUUAAUGUAUGGUCAAAGGACUUAUUUCUUACAGUCUUAGUAUUGGGUAAUAAAAAAUGUUAGACCUAACAUUUGGAGUUAUUUUGGCUUAAACAGGCCGCGUAAUUCGCGUUAUUUUAAAACAUAAAAUGGCUGGACAGCGCUGGAAAAUGGGCUGGAAAUAUUCGUUUCCAUAGUUCACAUCUUUAUAUAUAUUUUGACACCCCGCAUAUUCAAAAGUUUCACAAAGUAUGUAGAAUAUGCACCAUCCAAAAUAUGUUUUUCCGUAUUUUCCAGAUUUAAACGGAAAGGCUCCUUAAAAGACUUAAUAUAUGUAACAUACAACAAAAAACAUGUCAUACUUCCUAAAACGUAACCUCUUAAAAUACGCGCAUAAUCAAGCAAGAUGUUCUCACAAUAGCAUAACGACAAAUUUCCUUAUAACCGAUAUAUUUCACCCUUCUGAAUUAUAAAAUUUAAGAUAAUGUUAUGUUUUGGAAAUUGCCAUUAUAUCUGGCUAUGAUUAUACCAGGUGAUGAAAAAAUAUUGAGAUAUGUUUUGUCCAAAUAUUUGAUUUUUAUUUUUCUGGGGUUUUCUGAAAUUUUUUGAAUAACGUUCUGCGGAAAGCCAGCAUGAAGACGGAUAUGAAGUUCUCAGCAAUGUCGCCACAUUUAAGAGGAUUUGUUUUGCUUACAGUCAUGCCUAAAACCUUCGCUCAAUUGUUCAAGUGUUUAGACCCUUACUUUCCAGGGAGGCCGGUUUCCAUCAAGUGCAUUAGCAAGAGAGAAAGAGGCAAAUUCAGCAUCGGGGGGGGCAUUUGUUUAUUUUUCCCCGAAUUUUCGAUUUCGUGCAGACAUCCUGCAUCCGAAGUGGCAGGAGCAAUAAAAAAAGGACGGUUUUAAGGAGUCCUUAGCCAAUGUCGCUGCCCUAGCGGUAACUGCCCAAGAUUCAGUACGCGGGCGUCAGACCAAUGCGUCAGUCCGCUGAGUUUUCAUCAGAGGCCCAGAUUUUAAUGACACAUAGGACUUUUUUUUAAAAAUACUGUCCUCUUUACGAGUGCUGAUGUGUUUGACAGAGGGCACACGAACUCUGAAGUUCAGGAUCAUAGCUGAACUAAAGCAUUAUAUAUUUAUAUUUUAGAUCAGUCCAUUUGUCAGGGUCCCAUAUGUCCCAUGCUGGGCGCAACAUCCUUGCUUACGCAACCAAAACGCCCAAAAUCGUCAACGCAAAAAACCAAGGAAAACUCCAACUCCAAUUGA